AUGCUUGGAGCGCUCGCCGGUCCAUUUUCAGGCAAUCCACUAUCACUACCAUUGGCAUCAUCUGUACCAAAAAAAGGGUUAACCGAAAGGCGAACUGUUAUGGAUCUAUCUUUUCCAGCAGGCACAUUAGUCAACGAUGGCAUACCAAAUGACAAUUUUCUUGGUGAUCCAUAUAAACUUCGGUACCCAUCAAUUGACAACCUGAUUCAAAUUAUAAACCAUUAUGGUCAAGGUUGCUUAUUGUUCAAAGCCGACAUACGGCGUUGCUACAGAUGGAUUACAGUUGAUCCCCAUGACUAUCAUCUGUUAGGUUUGGCAUGGAGGGGAUUACAGUUCUUCGAUACCAAGCUUCCAUUCGGUCUUCGGUCAGCCGCCAUGGCAUGUCAAAGAACAACAAACGGGCUCAUGCACAUUUAUCGCAAAUUGGGAUACCAGGCCACCAAUUACAUUGAUGACUUUGCAGGAGGAGAGGCACCAGCGAAUGCACAGAAAGCCUACGACUCACUCAAAGACACAAUUACUAAGUACGGGUUUGAGCUGUCAAUUGAAAAAUGUUGCCCACCAACGACCUGUCUAACAUUUUUGGAAAAACAAUUUGACACAAUAAAGAUGCAAGUUAGUAUCCCAGAACAAAAACUCAGUGAAGCAGAAGAGCUGGUAUCAAAGUUUUCACUCAGGAAAAAAUGCACUAAACGAGAGCUUCAAUCACUCAUUGGCAAGCUGGCAUUUAUAGCAGACUGUAUACAUCCUGCUCGACUAUUUCUUUGUCACAUGUUGGUACUCCUUCGUAAGACCAACAAGAAACAUCAUCAUAUUAAACUCUGCCUACUUCCGUAG